CCGCGCCUCAGCGCAGGGCUGGUUGUGGGUGGUGAGGGCCGGCUGUCAUGGAAGAGCGGGACUGAGCGCGGACGCCGGCGGCGGGCGCUUCCCUGUGAGGCCGGAUGCGGUGGGAGGGCGCCGGUAGCGUCCCGGGAAGAUUCACAGCAAGCACAGCCUGUGCUUUGUCAGGACCCCGUUCGGAAUCCCCAUGUUGUCCCGUAUAGAUGAGACUCUUCUGAGAAGAAGCUGGGGACACUCUGUUUGGGCUGUGUGUUUCUAGUAAGCUUUUGACCCUGAGAAAGGCAGGCGUGUAUCCUUCAAGAGGCAGAGAGCUGCAGACUAGAUGGAUCUAAAGACAGCAGUGUUCAAUGCAGCUCGUGAUGGCAAGCUGCGGCUCCUCUCUAAGCUACUGGCAAGCAAAACAAGAGAAGAGGUAGCCCUACUGAUGUCAGAGAAAACCAAUGGUGCCACACCACUUCUGAUGGCAGCCCGUUACGGUCACCUUGACAUGGUGGAGUACUUGUUGGACCACUGCUCUGCGUCAAUAGAAGUUGGUGGUUCAGUGAAUUUUGAUGGUGAGACCAUUGAGGGGGCUCCACCGUUAUGGGCAGCGUCGGCAGCUGGCCACCUGAAGGUGGUGCGGUGUCUGUUAGAUCAUGGUGCAUCUGUCAACAACACAACUCUGACAAAUUCAACACCGCUUAGAGCUGCCUGUUUUGAUGGUCACCUGGAAAUAGUAAAGUACCUUGUGGAACACAAAGCAGACCUGGAGGUAUCCAACCGUCAUGGGCAUACAUGCUUGAUGAUCUCAUGUUACAAAGGUCACAAAGAAAUUGCUCAGUAUUUACUUGAGAAAGGAGCUGAUGUUAACAGAAAAAGUGUUAAAGGAAACACAGCGUUACAUGACUGUGCGGAAUCUGGAAGUUUGGAGAUCAUGAAGAUGCUUCUGAAGUAUUGUGCUAAAAUGGAAAAGGAUGGUUAUGGAAUGACUCCCCUUCUGUCAGCUAGCGUGACAGGCCAUACAAAUAUCGUGGACUUUCUGACUCAGCAUGUACAGACCAGUAAGGCUGAGCGCAUAAAUGCACUGGAACUUCUAGGAGCAACAUUUGUGGACAAAAAGAGGGAUCUGCUUGGUGCUUUGAAAUACUGGAAGCGAGCUAUGGAAAUGAGAUACAGUGAUAGGACUAAUAUACUGAGCAAACCUGUGCCACAAACACUAAUUAUGGCAUAUGAUUAUGCUAAAGAAGUAAACAGCUCCGAAGAACUAGAAAAUCUUAUUGCAGACCCUGAUGAAAUGAGAAUGCAAGCACUGUUAAUUAGAGAACGAAUUCUUGGCCCUUCUCACCCAGAUACAUCAUACUAUAUUAGAUACAGAGGUGCUGUCUAUGCUGACUCUGGAAACUUCAAGCGUUGUAUCAACUUAUGGAAAUAUGCUUUGGACAUGCAGCAGAGCAAUCUUGAUCCACUGAGCCCAAUGACAGCCAGCAGUUUGCUAUCAUUUGCUGAGCUUUUCUCCUUCAUGCUUCAGGACAGGGCAAAAGGCCUGCUAGGCACUACUGUCACGUUUGAUGAUCUCAUGGGUAUACUGUGCAAAAGUGUUCUUGAAAUAGAGCGGGCCAUGAAACAAACCCAAUGUUCUCCCGAUCCAAUACAGCUAAACAAAGCCCUUUCCAUCAUAUUGCAUUUAAUUUGCUUGUUGGAGAAAGUACCUUGCAGCUCAGAACAGGAGCAUUUUAAGAAACAGACUAUUUACAAGUUUCUUAAGCUUCAGCCUAGAGGGAAGAAUAACUUUAGUCCACUUCACCUUGCUGUUGACAAUAAUACUACAUGUGUGGGUCGCUACCCAGUUUGUAAAUUCCCCUCUCUACAAGUUACUGCUAUCCUGGUGGAAUGUGGUGCUGAUGUAAACGUCAGAGACUUUGAUAACAACAGUCCCUUACACAUUGCUGCACUGAACAACCAUCCAGACAUAAUGAAUCUUCUUAUCAAGUCAGGUUCUCACUUUGAUGCCACAAACUCACAUAAACAAACUGCUAGUGAUUUACUGGAUGAAAAGGAAAUAGCAAAAAAUUUAAUCCAACCCAUAAAUCAUACUACGUUGCAGUGUCUUGCUGCUCGUGUAAUAGUGAAUCAUAACAUAUGCUACACAGGGCACAUCCCUGAAAAACUAGAGAACUUUGUUUUGCUCCAUAGAUGAUAGUGUGGAGUGCCAGAGUACUGGUUCUGAAGCAUGACUUCAUGAUAAUAUUUUCCUUGAGCACUGUUGUGAUACACCAGCGUUCUCUUAGCUUGCUUCAUCUUGCUCUCAUUGGCUAAAGCGUUGUUAGCAUCAGAUCUGCAGAGUCGGUUACCUAGUAUGUAAUAUGAAUAUUCCGUAUAAUAUAUUUUGUGGAUUAUUUAGAAAUGUAAUGCCGUAUUUAGACUCUUAAAAUUGUCUGCCAAAGGCUUGUCUAUUCUUGUUUGCCUGUUGGUGUUUGGGACUGAGUUAAGUAUCUUCCACUGAUGUCUUUUUACUAUAACUGCGUGGAUUUUAUACAGUUGGAAGGUCAUCCUUUUUGUUUUGCUUGAGCAUUUCUACUCUAACUCUGUUCUUUUUCUAUGGACUCAUUGCUAAACUGUACAAGUUGUAUGGACUUGUUAACAUUUGCAACUACCAUAAGUGCUUUUAUCUUCUCUAUGCACUGGCUUAAACAUGACUGUUGUGUGUGAGCAUAUUUCUAUGCAGCACUCGGCCAAUUUCAACUUAAAUGCCAAUUUUGUUUUGCGGUUUGUUUGGAGCUCUUCUGAGAAUGCUGUCUUCAUAGCAUGAUAAAUUUUGGAGUUACUUACCAGCUCUCCAAAUUUGGAUUCGACUUUUUGACUACUGUAACUGAGGUUGUUUUCCUUCUGAUCCUCUGGAAAUUUGUCUUAAAUGUGGGAUAAUAUCUCACUUUUUCUCAUUGUAGUCCACUUGAACUUUAAAUCUGAAAAUGUUUUAUUGAAUCGUGCAGUUAGGGGAGGAGUCGUCAUUAUGUACAACUGUCACCUUCCCCUUUGCACUAAUGUCUUGCUUGUGCUGGUUAUGUGCCUAGAUGUGAAGUUGCUUAAAGUUUAACCUCAAGCUUAAUGAUACACUUUAAUGAGAAAUACAUCAAAUGUAUGCUGUAGUUUAAGAUUUACAAAUCAGCUUUAGCUACAUAAGAAACUAAAGCAUGUUGGUGGCAUGAUGCUUAUCGAUCCAGAUCUAGAGAUCAUCUAAUAUAGUAAGUGGCUGUAUGGCAGGGUGUUGGAAGUUCUAUAGCAGUGUCCUUUUUUCUUCAUUUUAAGUGUCUUCAUAAAUACUUGCAUGGAUUUUUUCACCUCUGCUGUGUCAGCUCUACUUAACAAAAAGUGGAAGUUCUGUUGUGUAUAUAGCUCCUAAUUAAAGUACCUAUUUUUAUAAUAUUUGCACAACAGCUUAGCUUUUACAACAGAAAGGGCUCUUUUGACUUGAUAAGAAAUCUAUAAAUAAAGAUCAUAAAUGUGAGUGCAAUUCAGGUAAUUAAUUUAAUUCAGCACUUUACUGUUGAUUAAUAGUAGAAUUUAUUAUGGCACAUUAUCCCUGCGAAUGUCUUAAAGUGAAAAUCAUUUCAGUUGGAUAGAAUACAGUUUACUUGUAAAUUUAGUGGUAUAGUAUACUGGGUAUUUUUGACUUGAUAUUUCAUUUCAGUGGUGGGCUAUAAGUGUACCUACAGGGCUCUUGCUCCAGAAAGUCAACAAGUCCAUUUAGGCCUUUGUUUAGGCCUUCCUGUUCUUCUUUUUCUUAUCUUUUCUUCCUAUUUGGGUUGGGGGUUUUUGGGGGGUUUUUUGGUUUUUUUUUUUUUUUUUUUUUUCUUUUGCUAUUGAAACAUACUGCUUCUGAGCUACCAAUGCAGAAGAAUAUUGAGAACACUGCUGAAAAAAUUGUAUGCCCUGCAGGGGUGUAGCAGGUUCUAAAAUUGGUUAUACAGUUCACGGUAUGGCUCCUGAGAGACAGAGACACUGAUACCUCCUUGCUUGUUGAGACCUCCAAAGUUGUAUUUUUUUGGGGGUAGGGGAUAAAUGCUUAAAGCCGUUUUUCUUCUAAUCAUCUUGGGUUUCAAGUGAAAUACUUAAUCCAGGAAGAUAAAUAGUAUUCUCUUAAAAAAAUUAAAUGCUUUUCUUACCAAAUUCUAUAAAAUUUUAUUCCUAUUUUUGUAUCAUUUAUGCUGGUAACAAGAUUCCAGCUGUCUUUGGUGUCUUUGUUCAGUUUGUUAAGUGCAGUGUAAAGACACUUUCUGAAAUGCAAGGCAACAGUGUAGUUAGUUUUCCAUAUACACUUUACAGCAGUCACUGGAUAGGAAGUAAUUUUGUGUAUUUUCAGAGUCCCCAAAGAGCUAUCUCUUAUCAACUGUUUUGCAACACAUUAAAAUAAACCUUUUUCUAUUUUUACAAAACACUGCUUUAAAAAAGGAAUAGAGUGCUAUAACAAAAUCCUUACAGGAGGAUUUAUAAAAAAGUUAAAAACCUCAGAAGGAAAAAAUGCGCCUCCUCUCAGUUUUAUAUCAGCUGCAAGGUGAUAGUGGUAGGAUAUAACUGCUCUUGAAGUAGCUUCCUCAUGCUUUGAAAUUCAGAGUGGAAUGCCUGUUAUACUCUAAAAUGUUGGCAAAUGUGAGUAAGUAGACUACACACUACACACUAAUUUCUAUCUUCUGUGAUUAUGAUGAAGCCAGUCAGUAUUUAAUGCUUCAAAGUAAUUUUGGGAAAAUUGAUGGGAGACGUACUAGACUGCUUUGAGUGUGAAUUAAGCCCUCAGUGAGGGCAGAAUGAAAAGCUAUUGUUGGUUUGGUUAUAAAUAACAUGGUAUUUGUGUUCUAUCACGAAGACUUCCUAUGCAGGGCUAGCUCCAUGUAUGGAUAUAUUGCAGUUUCUUUUUUACGUGAAGUAAUUUAGCUUUAACAGUAAUGUGAAAAAGGAAUAACAAGCAUAUUUCUCUGCUCUUACUCCCUUUAGGCUCCAAAUGUAGAUUACAUUAAAAAUAUGUUUUGGAGAACAUC